AUGAGGCGAGUACAUCAGAUUCCCUGUAAAAAACUGUUUAGGCAGUUGGGGCGUAGGGGAAUAUUAUCCACACCGCCAUCGCCAGUGGAGUCAGCAGAACCCACAACCAUCCGCUCAAGGGGCUACGGACCCAGUAAACAUUUACUGCGCGGUGUUGACGCGACACGCGGCGUCGUUGUGGAAGCAGCCCUCAGCCCAGCGGAUGUUGAGAUGCAGCGCCGCGUUCUUUCGAUGGCGAAUCCAAAUGUGGCGAUCCACGCCAAACUUGAGGGUGAGCCUUCACCCGUUCAUUCUGGCACCAACUCCCUUCAUGGUGACGACCAGCGUCUGGCCGACCGUGCAGGUGUUGCUUCAUCGGAGCAGUUAGCCUCUGUGGCAACUGUUAUAUUGGAUGAGGUGAAGGAGCAAUUGCAGCUCAACCUCAGCGCUGCGGAUGCCUCACAAGAUAGUCGAGCAGCCACUGUAGUGAAUGCCGUCGCGGAGUGCCUGCGGAAUGAGGUGGACCGCCUCAUUCACGCGAACCACACGCAGGAGUCGUCCAUUACCCGAGUGUUGAGGGAAAAUACAGACCUGAUUUGCAAGCGCGUCGCCGAUGUCAUAUGCUCGGAGCAGCUGAAAACACUAUCAUUCAAGGACGUAGGUCAACUUCCGCAGGUCAUCAAAGAGGUGGGAACGUCCCUUGUGAGGUUAGAGAGCGCCUUGAAGAGUGCACUGGAUUCGAGCUUUGGAAAAGACAAAAAUCUCGAAGAAGUAUUGGGAGAUUUGCGCGAACACAUUGUCUCUGCCAUCGAGCAAGCCUCGCAUUUCCAACAGGAGCGACUUCUCGCUUCUGUGAGUGAUUUACUGGCCGACUGCGCCGAUGCGCAAGACAGCAAGUCACGUUUGGCUCAGGCUGCGAGUCUGAAGGUAAUCGAAAAGAACGUGAGGGAUGCCAUGUCACAGAUGGUGGAGGACACGCAACAUAAGGUCCAGUCUGUAUUGCGUGACCUCCGUGGGAGUGCUUCGACCUCUGAUGCCGCUGGAAGUACGACGAACGUAAGCAGCGGUAACGAGGUGGCGUUCGAGCGAAUUUUAGCAUCUUACGGCGAACGUCUUGAAGAACUGCGUGAGUCAACAGCUGCGGCCGUUGACCUUAAGGAGCUUAUGAUGGAAAUUCAUAGCAUGCAUCAGACAAGUGCAGGAGAUGUGAGUGAAGUCAAAAACCUUGUGAAGAAACUAAAGAGAGAAUUGAUAAGCGCUCUCCAACCCUCCAACACUGAAAACACUGAAGGCAGCACUGUGGAACGUAAGUCCAGUGACACAAUAGAUUACAAUGGGAUUUUUGCGGAUAAAUUGGACGCAUUGGCAGACGAUGUAAUAUCAAGGAUAGAUGGGCGACUGAAGGAGCAGCACGCUGAUGUGAGGGAACUGUCGGCGAGGCUUCUCCAGCUUGAAGAUGUGAUCAAGAAAACUCCCCGUGCUGCUCUCCAGGUGGGGUCAGUGCCUGAGCUGAACGACGACCGGCUGCUGGCGUUGGCACAAAGUAUCAGUGAGAGUAUUUUAUCAUCUCUUCCCCCGCAUUCCGCCCCCGCUGUAGAGGAAAAAGAGCAACAGGAGCCACCGCGACCGAGCGUCAGCACAGCGGUUGCCACUACUGCACACACCUUUACAGCAACAGAGCUCGCGGAGGCUGUGUCAGCUGCUCUCACCCCGAGACUGGAUGAAUUGGCGGCAGCCAUCCAAAAGAAAGUGGCACCUACCUCCACUGCCUCGGGCAACGAAUACGACAACAGACACAUGGGUGAAACACAACUCGUAACCGUCGCACAAACGAUAUGUGAAGGAGUGCGGGAAGCAGUUAGGGAAAGUAUGGCCCUUUACAAACCACCCGUCGCCUCACCACCCACCCCGGCCCCGGGAGCAGUUGUUGCACCAGCUGUUGACACGUCUGCCUUAGAACAGGCAAUGGUGACGAAAGUGGAAGAUCUCAAAAGAUGCGUUAUGGACGCCGUGCAGGAAAUGGACCGACCACAGGAAAUUGAUCUCUCGCCGUUCCGUACGUACCUCGAUGAUGUGCUGCGCAGCAUGCAGACAACUCUGAGCAAGCAGCAGCAAGCGACACAGGACAAGGUUGAUGGUGUGGUUGAAGCGCUGGCAAAGAAGCUUCAGGAUUACCAACACCAAUUAGAGUCGAAACUUCAAAGGCAGCACCGAGAUCAAGUGGAGCAGAUACAGGUUGUGCGAAGGGCACAAGAGCAAGAUAUGAAAGCUGAUGAAGAGACGUGGAAACAACGGAUGUCCCGGAACCAAGAAGACGCCGAGCAAAGGACAAACGAGCAAAAGUCUGCUGUCACGGGGGCCAUGCAAGAGGUGUUUCUGCAAGUCAGGCAGCGGCUGACAGAAGAUGUUCGCACACUUCUGAAAGGUGAAGUGGCCGCUGCCCUCAUACCACUCGAUGACCUUUACAAAGAGUUACGUGAAAGUGGGCAAAAGUCGCGUACCGCCUUGGAGGCGAAGUUGCGUUCUGUCGAGGACACACUGCAGUCCGUCCUUGACUCUGAACGACACCGCUCAGAUCGUCUACAGGCAACACUUGACGACGUUAUAGCAUGUAUUAAAAAUAACUCGGGUGAAGUGAGCGGUUCGGAAACCGAAGCGUUGAAGUCCCUUAAAAGGCUAUUGGAAGACCUCGCUGAGCGCAACACCGCUACCGGAAUGGAAAUAUGUUCUGACGUGAAGGCUUCUUUAGAACGUACAGAAGAACUUCACGUUCAAACUGCAGAGAAGAUGUUGAGGGGGUUUGAUACGCUGAAGUAUGAGAUUCACGAAGGACGGCAACAACUUGACCAGCUCCUAUCGUCCAACCAGCAGAAUAAAGAUGUUGCACUUGCUGUCGAGGCCAUGCGCACGAAACUGGACGAAGUCCGUUAUUCCCUCGACUGCAUUAUGGCAUCUGUCCGUGAGAUGCAAGAACACCCCAUGAGACAAUUACAAGAGCCGCAGCAGCAGCAGCAGUCCUUACUUAGCGAAACUGAAGUGAAGAGUCCAAUAGAUGACAAGGUGUUGGAGCAGUAUGAGCAACGACAGCGAGAGGCAUCCGAUUUAAUUGCGUCGCGUCUCGAAACCCUCUCGGCAACAACUCGUGAGGUUCUUUCGCAACUCCAACGGCAGCAGCCACGAAGAUCGGAGGAGGAGAUGGGUUCGCAGCCGGCCGUAACCACAAAUUUAAGUGUGGAGAGUCUGCAAGCUAUGGAGGGUCGUUUAGGUGAACGCAUGCAGGCAUUGCAGGCUGCGCUUGAUGAGCUGACAAAAGUCAGUGCCAGUGUUCCUCCUACAACAGAGGUUUUCAGGAAAGACGAGGUAGACGGUGUUGAGGGAAGCAAAAGCUUCAUAAAGGAAGUUGAUGAGCUCAUGACGCUCGUGAAGUCGUCGCGAAGUGUACAGGCGAAGCAAAUGUGGGAGAGGCUGAGCAUCUUGCGCACAUCUCUGGUUGAUGUGAGUACGAAAAAAACUGGAGACACCAACAUUAAACAACUGUUGGGGGCUCUGGAGGAAAAUCGUCUGAAGCUGCGAGAGGAAAUGGGGGAAGCAGAGAGAGAAUUGGUUAUAAAAAUUGAUGCCGCAACACAGAAAGCGGUAGAGCACUUUGCUGCUCGUAUAGAGAGGGCCGUUAAGGCGUCAGCAGAUGCGGGGCUGGGGCAGCUGCGCAACGAUCUCAAAGAAAGUAGUGAGAUAUUGAAAGCACACCAGCACCAGUUUUCGUCGCAGCUGCAGGAUAGAAUGACUAACAUAGAGAGAACAAAUAGGGAGUGCGCCGCUGAGUUAAAAGAAAAGUUGCGGGACACCAGCAAGGAGUAUCAUAAUGCUUUGGGACAGUUUGUGAAAAACGAUAUGAUUGCAGCCCUGCGUAGUACUGUUAAUGAGGCGACUACCCAGCAGAUGCGUACCUUCACGCAACAGUUCACUUGGCAAAAGGAACGAGAGGAAACGAACAAAGAGGCGGUGAUGCGGAGCGUUCAACAGGUUUCCCAAGGAGUUGGCAAACUCCAAUCAAUGAGCAGUGAGGUACGCACAGCCGUAACCAGCAGUUCGGCAGGUGUCGUUCAGGAGGUGAGGAACGCACAGAAGGACCUCGCGGUGCUUUUCGAGAAACGGCUUGCUGCCGUGUUAGAGCAGCAGAAAAAGCAGCAAGUGGUUCAAGUAUUGUCGCCUGUGCGAGUCGGGGAAGCCGAUUCUUCAAACGGUAUUCCAAGUGAGACCACCGACACGCCUUCGCUUGUCACGAUGGUAAAUCCACAGGGGGCGUCCCACCUUUCAUGGUUUUUGCUGUCGCAAUCGGUUGUGACUAUCAUCACCAUCAUGCUGUGCGCAUACUUUUUAUUUGCGGCCUUCCUUGUUGCCUUCGUGCCUAUUCCACUUACUGAUGAAUUUGCCUCACACAUGGAGCAGGCAGCGGAUAAUGAUGUCUCUGAAAUUGCCCUCAAGAGGCCGUUAGUCUCACGUGUAGCGGACCGGGUAAUUCUAUAA